GCAGUGGCUGACGGAGACGGAGGACCGCAUGUCGCGCAUGGAGGCGGAGGCGGAGGCGGAGGGCGAAGGCGAAGGCGAGGGCGGGAGCGAGGCGGCGCUGCGGGCGGCGCGCGAGCUGCACGCCGAGCUGCGCCGCCAGCAGCCGCUGGUGGACGCGCUGGCGGACUGCGUGGUGGUGGUGGACGACGAGGCGCGCGACGACGCGGGCGUGGCGGAGAUCGAGGACGAGCUGCGCGCGCUGGGCGAGCGCUGGUCACACGCGUGCCAGUGGACGCUGGCGCGGCUGGCGCGACUGACGCGCGGGGCCCGCCGCGGGGCGCGCCUCCUGCACUUGCAGCGCCGCCGCCCGCACGCCGACCGCCUCGAGGACACGCUCAAACAGGUCAACUCUCCGUACUCUCAGUACGGUACAAACAC